CUGGGCCGGAGCGAUCCGCAUCCGCGAGCUGCGCCUCCCGGGUGCCGGCCGUGCCCGGCGCUAGCGACCCAGCCCCGGCCGAGCCUGCGGCGCCGGCACCUCCCCGGACGCGCCGAGGCCCCGCGCGGUGGGCGCCCCGCUGCCCGCAUGGACGCGGCGCUGAAGCGGAGCCGCUCGGAGGAGCCCCCCGAGGUCCUGCCGUCCGCCCGGGACCUGGAAGAGGAGGAGGAAGAGGGAAUGGAACAGGGGCUGGAGGAAGAAGAAGAGGUGGACCCCAGGAUCCAGGGGGAGCUGGAGAAGUUAAAUCAAUCCACGGAUGAUAUCAACAGACGGGAGACAGAACUCGAGGACGCUCGUCAGAAGUUCCGCUCUGUGCUGGUGGAGGCCACGGUGAAGCUGGACGAGCUGGUGAAGAAGAUCGGCAAAGCUGUGGAAGACUCGAAGCCCUACUGGGAGGCGCGGAGGGUGGCGAGGCAGGCUCAGCUGGAAGCUCAGAAAGCCACGCAGGACUUCCAGCGGGCCACGGAGGUGCUCCGGGCCGCCAAGGAGACCAUCUCUCUGGCCGAGCAGCGGCUGCUGGAGGAUGACAAGCGGCAGUUCGACUCGGCCUGGCAGGAGAUGCUGAAUCACGCCACCCAGAGGGUCAUGGAGGCGGAGCAGACCAAGACGAGGAGCGAGCUGGUGCACAAGGAGACAGCAGCCCGGUACACCGCCGCCAUGGGCCGCAUGCGGCAGCUGGAGAAGAAGCUCAAGCGCGCCAUCAACAAGUCCAAGCCUUAUUUUGAACUCAAGGCAAAGUACUACGUGCAGCUGGAGCUACUAAAGAAGACCGUGGACGAUCUGCAGACCAAACUGGCCCUGGCGAAAGGCGAGUACAAGACGGCCCUGAAGAACCUGGAGAUGAUCUCGGACGAGAUCCACGAGCGGCGGCGCUCCAGCGCCAUGGGGCCGCGGGGCUGCGGUGUCGGGGCCGAGGGCAGCAGCACGUCCGUGGAGGACCUGUCGGGGAGCAAACCCGAGCCAGAUGCCGUCUCCGUGGCCUCCGAGGCUUUUGAAGAUGACAACUGCAGCAACUUUGUAUCUGAAGAUGACUCGGAAACCCAGUCCGUGUCCAGCUUUAGUUCGGGACCCAUGAGCCCGUCUGAGAUACCUGACCAGUUCCCUGCCGUCGCCAGGCCUGGCAGCCUGGACCUGCCCAGCCCCGUGUCCCUGUCAGAGUUUGGGAUGAUGUUUCCGGUGUUGGGCCCUCGCAGUGAAUGCAGUGGGGCCUCCUCCCCGGAGUGUGAGGUAGAACGAGGAGACAGGGCAGAAGGGGCAGAGAAUAAAAGGAGUGACAAAGCCAACAACAACCGGGUCCUCAACAGCAGCAGCAGCGAUGGUGGGAAGAGCCAGAACAGCGCCUCCCCGGAGGGCCAGGCCUUGGAGAACAGGAUGAAGCAGCUGUCCCUGCAGUGCUCGAAGGGAAGAGAUGGGAUCACUGCUGACAUAAAAAUGGUGCAGAUCGGCUGAUGCAGCCAAGGCCCUGCCCGAGUGCAUAUCACUAUUUAUACAUAAAACUGUCUGGGGAACAUUGUGCCAAUAAUCAUUUACUAUAUGCCAAAUCGUAAGCGUUUCCUCUCAACUGCACUAAUGAUGUUUCAGUGACCUUGAGUGUUGAAGAAUUUUCUUCUGGGUAAGCGCUCUUGGGCUGGUGUUUUUCAGAGCAGAGGAGCUGUUGCAGAUGGAGUGGGACCAGGCUCACACCCUGUGUGGAGUGUUACCUAGACCUGUGACAUGGAAGCAAUAACUAGUUCUGGUGAAAGAACCUGAGCCGGGACAGGGGCUGGGAAGCUGAGCCAGACGGCAGCCAAUGGCUUGCUUCUCUUCCCCUUCUCGCCCCCUCAGUUUGGGAAAAGAGGGGUGUUCCCGCCCUUAUAUCCUAAGGGAUCUAAAUAAAAAACAAAAACAAAACCACAAGACAAAACUCAAGUAUUCAGAACACCCUUUUUGGUGCAGCGAAGGCUUAAAAA